UACGAUUAAAUAUAGAAAAGACGGACACACAGAAUAUCCUAUUGGCUCUUCGGAUCUGCAGUCGAAGCGUUCGUCAUGAGUCGAGAAUAACCAAUCAGAUACGAGAUUGGGUGUCUAUCUCCGCCUCUUCAGCGUUUGCUACAACCGUCAGCGCGGUCGUGGUGCUAGUUAAGUUUACAACACGCAGCGAGCUGCUGAAGGGACCAUUCACGGCAAUAAUAUUAUAAUAUGAACUCAGGAGUACUAUCAAGAGUGUGAUCUUCUUUUAUAGAGGUUUGUUUUAAAGCUAUUGCCGUGUAAUAGUAUUGGGCGGUUUCCUGGGUCGUCUUGUUCCUGCCUCUGUUAGCCGGCUAAUCUCCAGCGAGCAACAAAAUGGCUGAAUCGGACAAGUUAAACAUCGAUUCGAUCAUCCAGCGCCUUUUGGAGGUGAAGGGCUCCAGACCUGGUAAAAAUGUUCAGUUGACUGAGCAGGAGAUUCGUGGAUUGUGUCUGAAGUCACGGGAAAUCUUCCUUAGUCAGCCGAUACUGCUGGAAUUGGAGGCCCCACUCAAAAUUUGUGGUGAUGUUCAUGGUCAGUACUAUGACCUCCUCAGGCUUUUUGAGUAUGGAGGAUAUCCUCCUGAGAGUAACUACCUGUUUCUGGGAGACUAUGUUGACAGAGGCAAGCAGUCACUGGAGACCAUCUGCCUGCUGCUUGCCUACAAGGUCAAAUAUCCAGAGAACUUCUUUCUUCUCAGAGGAAACCAUGAAUGUGCCUCCAUCAACAGGAUAUAUGGGUUUUAUGAUGAAUGUAAAAGGAGGUAUAACAUCAAGCUUUGGAAGACAUUCACAGACUGUUUCAAUUGCUUACCAGUUGCUGCUAUCGUGGAUGAAAAGAUUUUUUGUUGUCAUGGAGGUCUUUCUCCAGACCUGCAAUCUAUGGAGCAGAUCCGACGUGUGAUGAGGCCCACAGAUGUCCCUGACCAGGGUUUGCUGUGUGAUCUGCUCUGGGCUGACCCAGAUAAAGAUGUCAUGGGCUGGGGAGAGAAUGACCGUGGUGUCUCUUUCACCUUCGGGUCUGAUGUUGUGGCCAAGUUCCUUCACAAACAUGACAUGGACCUCAUAUGUAGGGCCCACCAGGUGGUGGAGGAUGGCUAUGAGUUCUUCGCUAAAAGACAGUUAGUCACACUUUUCUCAGCUCCCAACUACUGUGGAGAGUUUGACAACGCGGGUGCUAUGAUGAGUGUUGAUGACUCCCUGAUGUGCUCAUUUCAGAUUCUGAAACCAGCGGAGAAGAAAAUGCUGUCGUAUGGAAGUGCAGGAGGAUUUGGAUCUGGUAGACCUGUAACUCCUCCACGAAACGCUGCCAAGGGCGGCAAAGCGAAGAAAUAACGUCAACUGUUGCAACGCGCCUAUACAUUCUGUUCAUCAUUCUACCUCUCCUCUCCUUCUCCUCUUCAACUCCAAGCACCAAAUCAGUGCAGGACUUUUUUUAGCUAUCUCUGUCAAAAUGACACUGCUGGGAAUCUGAGCGGUCAUAUGUGUGUGCUUGAGUAAAAUACCCCUGUGGAGUAUGUUGGUUUUGUAUGUUUAAAAAAAAAAAAAAAGGUGUGAAUUUGUAGAAAAUGUUUUUGUAGCGUAAGUUUGUGUAUGAGAGUUUUUCUUUCUUUCUUUCUCUUGUAAUUACACACCUACUGUCUUUUUUAAGGUGUUCUGGUCGAUUUCCUUCUAAUUUAUCUUCAUGUCUUCAGUCAUAAGAUGAUAAUCCUUUUUAGGCCAUUAAUUGGACCUGUGCGACGCCCUUUUCUUUAGACCAAGCCUCAGGGUCCAGCUUUUCAUCCCCACUGUGGGAACGGACUUUUCCAUUCACGUUUAGCUCUAAAGCAAUCUGGAAAGAGGUGAUUGUGCUCUUGAACGUGCAAAUCACUGCCAGUCUUCUUAAUGUGAAACUUCGUCCAAGUGCUUGUCUGUUUACAGUAGUUAUUGACGGCAUCCUGCACGUUUUAUCAUAUGGCUAUUUUGCCACAACCUUUGCUUCUUUAAACUGCACACUCAGGUAGAAUUUAGCCUGGCCUGUGGAAAGUCUUUUUUUCUUUUAGAUUACAAUCAUGUACAGUGUGCAAAGAAUUCCAAGUGUGAAUGUCAGCAAAGUGGGUGCCAUCACUGUAUCAGUUUGCACAGAAAUGCACUGUUCUUAUUCUUUUCUCUUUUUUUUUUUAUUAUUUGUGGCUGUGCGCCACUUUGUUAACUGCAAAGCUCACCCUUUCCUGUUAAAAGGACUUUUCUGUUUUCUUUUUAAAGCAGUCAUGAAUUAAGCCAAUAAAGUGAAAAUCUGGUGCAAA